ACAUUUUAGUACUGCAUCAUCAAGACUGACGUGGGGUCUACGUGGGCAGAGGCUCGAGCCAUCCACUCCUACCAUAAUUAGUGACGAGUCUGACUACGUAAAACUUUGUCCGAUGACCAUGAACACAGCGGUUGCGUCAUCACAGCAGGAUGGAAGUGUUGAUGACUCUCUGUCUGAUGAAGAACCAAGUCAGAGUGAAUCCAACUCACCCACUGCUGUACUUACUCAGGUUUCAGGAACAGGAGACUCCGCUGGCAUGACAGUGGUGCAGUUACCUGGUGGGCAGACAGUUCAGGUCCAGGGUGUCAUCCAGGCUCCUCAGGCCUCUGUCAUCCAGUCACCACAGAUGCAGACUGUACAGAUAACCUCUGUAGCUGGGCUUGAAGGUGGGGAGUCGGCAGUCACAGACACACAGAAAAGAAGAGAGAUUCUCUCAAGACGCCCAUCUUAUCGAAAAAUCCUCAAUGAACUAUCAUCGGAUUCCUCCUCAAUUCCGAGAAUUGAGGAGGAGAAACCUGAAGAUGAGUCUCCACCCUCCAGUGUCCCUUCAGUUCAAGUGCCAACUUCAAUCUAUCAGACCAGCUGCGGCCAAUACAUUGCCAUCACCCAGGGGGGAGCCAUCCAGAUAGCCAGCCCAGGCAGUGAGGACCUGCAGGGUCUACAGUCGCUGGCCAUGUCCAACUCUGGUUCCCCGCAGAUCCUGCAAUACGCAGCCCAGGCAGGGGACUCUGGACAGCAGUUCUUCUCUGUGCAAGGUGGCCAGGUGGUGAUACAAGCUGCCACUGGGGAUAUGCCAGCGUACCAGCUGCGUUCGCCCACCUCGGGCCUGCCCCAGGGCUUGGUGAUGGCUGCGUCCCCAGGCUCCAUGUCCAUGCACAGCCCCCCGGUGCACACUGAGGAGGUCACACGCAAGAGGGAGGUCCGCCUCAUGAAGAACAGGGAGGCUGCACGGGAGUGCCGCAGGAAAAAGAAAGAGUAUGUCAAGUGUCUGGAGAACCGCGUGGGCGUGCUGGAAAACCAAAACAAGACCCUCAUCGAGGAACUCAGAGCACUAAAGGACAUUUACUGCCACAAGAACGAAUAGCUCAGUAGCUGUGAUCAGCCUUGUGCCAGGAGAGAGAGAUCCUACUGAAAAGGCACAUAUAGUGCCGUUUACAGACUGACUACUCUAAAAGACUGGAACAAAAACUACUUUCACUGUCUUGGUUACUAGUCUACUCCGCUUUUUCAGGCCCAGUCACUUUGAUACUGCAUCGGAGGUUGGCAGGUGGCCAUAGGCUUGUGCUCUCCGGGCUGAAGUCAAGUCCUGCUCCGGCCCAGGGCCCCUGUCUGUCCUCACUCAUGCGCUUGCAUGUGAAUACACAAGUGUCGCCCAGCUGCUUUUGCUAUUUGCAGGGAGGCAACCAAUGAGAAGCCAGCCUGCAGAGGAAGAGGAAGUACAUGUGCUUCCUGAAGGCACACUGCUCACCACCACUGACUCACCACAGUGGAGAAGCAAAAUCGAAAGACCUGCGAUAGAGCCUCACUAUCAGCCAGCAAGUUUGUGCAUGCAGACUCACCAACAAGCCAACCUACCUUAGCCUAAGUGCCAGUCUGUUUAUGCUAUCAUGCCAACUCCUUGUUACUUCUUGUCAUGUUUAGCUUGACAAUGAAAUCAAUCGAGUUGGCAAGAGCACAAACAGAUCUGGGGCCAGGCUAAACCUACCUAUCUUUACUUGUCACUGCUAGCUAGAGUUGUUCUUCUUAUAUUACUAUACUUCUCUGCUCACAUUGGCUGUUGUAAACAUUCCUUUGUGAAAUUAACCCCUUCCAGGACAAAGUGUGACGAGUAAAUACACUUUCCGAAUCAUUUAAGUUUUGGAAUUCUGUAUUUGGCCAUUUGAGUGUCAAUUCCAGUUUUCUAAUGACUUAAAGGUCCAAUGCAACCGUUUUUAUCUCAAUAUCAAAUAAUUUCUGGGUAACAAUGAAAUACCUUGCUGUGA